AUGAGGCCCGCCGCCCCCUCAAUAGAGAUCAUGGCUACCCAGUCAGCCACGCCGGACUCGCGAUCCUCGUCGUCGACAAACUCGCCACUCCCUGCCGACAACGAGGAGUCAGACUUCUUCAUCGCCGGCAACGAUUCGCAAUCAUCACUCGGCGUCCCCAACAUCGAGGACAUGCAGGUUAGCGAUGAUCCGUGCCAACCCGCCGUCAACCGCCUCCCUAGCGAGAUCCUCAUCUCCAUCUUCGCCAAGCUCAACAACUCAAACGACCUCUUCAACUGCAUGCUGACAUGCAAGCGAUGGGCUAAGAACUCCGUCGACCUGCUGUGGCAUCGCCCCGCCUGCACAAACUGGAAGAAUCACUCGUCCAUUUGCCUUACUCUGCAACUUGAGACGCCCUUCUUCGCCUACCGCGACUUCAUCAAGCGUCUCAACCUCGCUGCCGGUGGUCUCGCAGAUAAGAUCAGCGAUGGCAGUGUCAUGCCUCUAUCCGUGUGCACUCGUGUCGAGCGACUCACCCUGACCAACUGCCGUAACCUCACCGAUCAGGGCUUGACCAAGUUGGUGGAGAACAGCUCCUCGUUGCUUGCUCUUGAUAUCUCGGGCGAUGAGCACAUCACAGACGUCUCUAUCCAAACCAUCGCCGAGCACUGCAAGAGGUUACAGGGUCUGAACAUCUCUGGCUGCCGCUUGAUCACCAACGACAGCAUGAUACAGCUUGCCGAGAACUGCCGGUUCAUUAAGAGGCUCAAACUCAACGAUUGUGCCCAGCUGCAAGACAAUGCCAUCCUUGCAUUUGCCGAGAACUGCCCGAAUAUCCUCGAAAUCGACUUGCACCAGUGUGCACAGAUCGGCAAUGAGCCCAUCACUGCCCUCAUCUCCAAGGGCCAGUCUCUCCGCGAGCUUCGGUUGGCAGGCUGUGAGCUCAUCGACGACAGCGCCUUUUUGACUUUGCCCCCGGCCAAGACCUACGAUCACCUGCGCAUUCUCGACUUGACAUCUUGCGCCAGGUUGACGGAUCAGUCGGUGCAGAAGAUUAUUGAUGCUGCUCCACGCCUCCGCAAUCUGGUGCUGGCCAAGUGCCGUAACAUCACCGACGUUGCCGUGAAUGCCAUUUCAAAACUAGGCAAGAACUUGCAUUAUUUGCACCUUGGUCACUGUGGCCAUAUCACCGACGAGGCCGUCAAACGCCUUGUGCAGCAAUGCAAUCGUAUACGGUACAUUGAUCUGGGGUGCUGCAUCAACCUCACAGAUGACUCCGUCACCAAACUGGCACAGCUUCCUAAGCUCAAGAGAAUCGGUCUCGUUAAGUGCAGUAGUAUUACCGACGAGUCUGUGUUCGCGCUCGCUCGCGCCAACCAUCGCCCCCGGGCACGCCGCGAUGCGCAUGGCAACAUUGACGAAUACUAUUCCUCCAGCCUCGAAAGAAGUAUUAUCAAGUUGCUCAACUACUGCCCACGCUUGACCCAUCUCAGUUUGACAGGGGUCACUGCUUUCCUCAGAGAAGAAUUCGCCGAGUUUUGCCGACCUCCUCCACCUGAAUUCACGGAUCAUCAGCGAGGCGUGUUUUGCGUUUUCUCUGGCGUCGGCGUCACGAAGCUCCGCGACUACCUCAACAACUCUCCCGAAUACGAAGGUCUUCGCGACUCUCCUGGUCCUCGGUUCCCGGGACUCUCGAGCUUCCCUGCACGUCGGGCUGCUGAUCCCCGCGCAACGGCCGGACACGCUGGGCAGACCAACGGGGAUGUUGAAGUUGACGAAGCGGAGGUGCCAGAAGACGACGAGUUUGAGGGCCUCGACGGCAGUGAAAUGGCUGUAGAUGGCCAGCCCUUGUUGGCACAAAACCUUGUCAACGGCAAUGCCCAAAACGGUGUGCCUCCGCCCCCGCCGAACCAUGUCCCUCCGGCCGGCGCUGUGCCAAUGUUCGCCCAACCACUUGGGCAGGCUCCCUUGUUAUUCAGCCCUACCAGCCCCAGCUUUCCACAGUCAACUCGCUCACCAACGGCCGGGGGACCGGCAAAUCACCCGCCGCCUUUGGUCAUCUCCAGCCACUACUCCCCGACGAGCGCCGGACCCAGCACAUCGACGGCGAACGCACUCUCACCGCAGGGCACUAACCUUGGCUUCCCCGCGUACACAAAUCGGAGACCUGCACCCCUCGGUGCCAGCACGGCAUCAAUGGAAGCAUCAAUGUUGAGCCCGGUCUCGCAUCGCAGUCGGCCGGCAAGUGUUAUCUCCAUGGAGGCAUCCAUGCUGGGACCUCUGGACCCGGAUAUGGUUGAGCCUACCACACCAAACGGACAACAGCAGCAUUGA